AUGGAGUGUCGACGCGACCGGAAGAUGAUAGACAAGGAGCCCACCCCAGAUGAAUACCGCGCGAGAGAUGCCGUCAGAUUGAAUCAAUUCCAGGUCAGAGGCAAGAAAUAUGCUGAUGCCACAUCUACUGCUAUAAAUCAUGUUCAGCACUUCUGGGAUCUAGUGUUGAUGCCCGCUCUUAACCUUUCCGCAUGUAUGGACGAGAACUUCUGA